UCGUACUGAUCUCAACUGGCAGCUAAGCGGCUUGAUCAUUGGUAUGAUCGCUGUCACGACAUGGCCGAACAGGCGGCAACGAGUGCAGCACUACUGAUUAUCGCCGAGGUGACAGUGCUAGGAAUGCUGGAAGACCACUGUCAGUGCCUGCCUGUUCAAGUCAAGCAGAAGAGGCUGACUAAGGCAAGAAACUUUGAAUAACCGACACGGAACAAGUAGAAGUGUUGAAGUGUUCGUCGACAGUAAAGAUGAAAGCAAGCAAGAGGAUACAACUCUGGUCGUUGUUUCUCUGGAGCAUGUUGGCUCUCGCCUCAUCUCAAACGCGACAAGUUGAUUAUCAAAACAUGCAUGGCAUCUUCUUUCCUCAAACAGGGCAAUUCUGGCCUGGCUCGACAGGGAGCGAUUGGAGCACUCCAGAGCAAGAAGAUCUCACAAGAGUCAAAAACCAAGGCAGCCAGAUAACUGAUUGGGCCCUGACCUCUUGGCGGGACGUCAACUGUUGUUUUCAGCUGAAAGAUGACUCUGUAUGGGAAGAUGCACAGACUGGAAUGGAAGAUUGUUUCUGUAGGGAGUUUCUCCAAGAAGUUCAAUACAAGACUGUAUCAUUCUGCUCCCUCAAGCAAUCAUGUCUGAAUGCUCUCAGAGAUUGGAAUAGAGUAUUUGGAGAGGGAUACAUGGUUCCAGGUCAGGCACCGGUCUGGAAUACAGAAUCUCCAGUCAGGACAUGCCCUUGCAAACAUGGACAGAUCCGUACGGUCGGCUGUCGACUUCUUUCGCGAAUUACAAGCCAAAUCCGAACUAUGGAAAAAUCACGACUCCGUACAACCCUAGUGCAAGCCACAAAUGGCGAUGGGUUCCUGGCGAUGCACCAGCAUCCUUGAAGCCAUGGCUGGGAGGCACAGCCGGAGACGGCAAAGUACAGGCAGGGAUCAUGAAGGGUACGCCCGUUUAUCCGGCAAGCAACUCAACGGAUUGCUGUGAUACGAGUGUGAACGCUUCAUGCUGCUCAGGCUCAUCGCUCAUGAGUUGGGUUGGACCACAGGAUGCACCUCAAGCAGACUGCAUGUUUGCUGUGAAACGGGCCAUAUGUGCAUACCACUUCUGGGAAUGUGAUAAGUCAUAUUCGGAUUUGAUCUUCAACGGCAUCUGCUUGAACACCUGCACUGACAUCGAGAGGCUUUGUGGUAUUGUACCUUCUACAGGAAGACAGCUGCAAGUUUCGACGUUCACACUAGGCAAAUUCUAUCACUUAGGUUGUACAACAAAAUCCCGCCAGAAAGUCAAAGAUUGCACUGCAGCAG